GUCUCCGUGGUUACACUGGCGGAAGUUUUCGCAAUCCACCUGCUGCACUCGCACUUCGAACAGGAAAAAUAGCUCGACAAAUCGAUAUUUUGAAUUCCUAAAAACUAAGCUAAUCGAAGCCACGGGAAAGUUCUAGAACUAGCUACAUUCUAUCCCUGUCUCAACUUUAAUGGACAAACUAAAGAAAGUUUUGAGUGGCCAAGAUGGCAACAAUGAUGACGGCGACAUAUUGCAAGCGGCGAACCAAGCCUCCACCCUGGGCUGGGGCACGCGUAUGAAGGGCUUUAUCGCAUGUUUUGUGCUCGGGGUCUUGUGUUCCAUUCUGGGGACAUGCUUGCUGUGGAUUCCAAGGGGUGGUCUGAUUCUGUUUGCCGUGCUGUACACACUCGGCAACGUUGCCUCUCUGUGCAGCACUAUGUUCCUGAUGGGACCCCUUAAUCAGCUGAAGAGGAUGUGUGCCAAAGAAAGAGCGCUGGCCACAGCUAUCAUGCUGACAUGUCUGGUGCUAACUAUGUGUUCUGCUUUCUGGUGGAAGAAUAAUGGUCUAGCCUUACUCUUCUGUAUUCUACAGUUUCUGGCCUUCGCUUGGUAUGGCCUGUCCUACAUUCCAUUCGCAAGAGAUGCGGUGAUAAAGGCCUUCUCUGUCUGUCUGAAGUGAGGCUGCAAUCCUCCCCUUUCUCUCUCCCUCUGAGGGGUUAUGACGUGUGUGUGUGUUUGGGGUCGGCUAAAGCCCUCAACUCUCUGGCAAACACACAGACUCCACACAGGUGUGCUGGGCUGGUGCCCACUGAGUAAACACUCGUCACCGAAUGCUUUCCAGAUCAGAAGUGUACGUGAGGGAUGAUGUUGUGUAGAGGAAUCUGUUUGUGAGGGAAGCCUUAUCUUCUCUGUGUGUAUAUGGUGUGGUGUCUGUGUCCCUUUAUGGUCAGUGUCUGUGUCCCUUUUUCUUUGUUUUCCCACACAGUGAGUCCAGCUCAUCUUAAUGUACCACCUCUGUCAUUUCUCUAACUGUAAAUCAAACCAGUCCCAAACUAUUCAGGUCUAUAUUUAGGUGCCAACAUGGUGUGUCUUCACUAGUUCUUUGUAGGUGUUUAUUUACAUGUAUAAACUGGGUGGUUUGAGCCAUUAUACCACAGUCCAGGCACUCCGCAUUGCGUUGUGCUGAAGAAUAGCCCUUAGCCAUGGUAUAUUGGCCAUAUACCACACCCCCUCGGGCCUUAUUGCCUAAAUAGGUGUUCACACUGUACAGAUGACUCCUGAUCAUUUCAACGGCUCAGGUCUGGACAUCUGUACAGUCAGUAGUACCUAGUUGAUUUUUUUGCACCUAAUCCCAAGUGCACUUACCAGGAGUCUGAAUUGAAGUGCCUGCUGUUAAACUUUCUUCUAGCUGGAUAGAUAUAGAUACUGGGGAAAAAUGAAAGGAAGAACUGCUUCAAGUGCUCUUGAAUUGUUCACCUUUUAUUUAAAAUGUCUGUUUUGUUCAGUUCUUUUUAUUUCAACAACAUUUCCUGUAAACAUGUCUCUUUAACUGCCGUUUUAACUUUCAUGGUUAGUUAGUAGUAUGAUCACUGAUUUUGGUUUAAUUUUCCACAGGUAUUUUAGUUUACGUUAUUUCUGUUUUUUAAUCAUUUCUGGGGGAAUUUGUUAUUUUUAUUUAAAUAAUGCUUCCUGUUAAUAUUUCUCUUUAACUGCUGUUUUAACUGUUUCAUGGUUAAUUUUCUGGCCAUAAAUAAAAUAAAUUCUGGAUUCAGCUUGCCCUAGUCACGACCAUUUCAAACCCUCUCACUGUGUCUGAGUGACUUUUAUGUUAACUUGCAAAAGAGAAAUGCCUUACUUCACAUGAUGUAAACCCAGAGAACCGUUUUCUAUUGAAUCACUGUCUUUUUAUACUGUACUACUGUAACUCCCCUGAGUGGCUUCUUUUUCACAAAACCCUCCCUAUAGAUGCUUGUUUCAUCUGCAUAAAGAUAUGCUAUUAAAUGCUUGUUUUAUAGAAUAACAUUUUCAAUAUUCAGGAUACAUUGUUUUAGGACUACAGUAUAGUUAGUCUACUUGUCUAAUAUACAUUUAGUAUGAGCCCAAGUAGUUACAGGUUUGGAAUAAAUAUUUUUUUCUGUUGAUAUACCUUUUUAAAGCAUGAUUGUUUUUUGUACCAUCUUGAAUCCAUUGAAGAUUCAACGCUCAUAUUUUAAAGUGUAAUGAUAAUGUAUUGUGUGACUAUGACUCAUAUUUCAUGUCUUAUUCUCCCUUGUGUGUGACUCACCAUCUUACAACAGAAAUAAAAUAAAUUGUUAUAUU